AUGAAAGAGUGCAAAAGAGACGCCGUUAAAAAGAAUUCGCCAUUAGAUAUUACUCCAGAGACUUGUGAACGUGACCGGAACACCAGCAACCAAACUGCGCCCAGCCCUUUCCUCAACUCAGACGCCAUGCCUCAGCCAACCUCCGCGCCAAGGGCAAGAGACAGCCGGGCACCUGAGAAGGCGCCAAGGGCAAGAGACAACCGGGCACCUGAGAAGGCGCCAAGGGCAAGAGACAGCCGGGCACCUGAGAAGGCGCCAAGGGCCGCAGACAGCCAGGCACCUGAGAAGGCGCCAAGGGCAAGAGACAGCCGGGCACCUGAGAAGGCGCCAAGGGCCGCAGACAGCCAGGCACCUGAGAAGGCGCCAAGGGCAAGAGACAGCCGGGCACCUGAGAAGGCGCCAAGGGCCGCAGACAGCCAGGCACCUGAGAAGGCGCCAAGGGCCGCAGACAGCCAGGCACCUGAGAAGGCGCCAAGGGCCGCAGACAGCCAGGCACCUGAGAAGGCGCCAAGGGCAAGAGACAGCCGGGCACCUGAGAAGGCGCCAAGGGCAAGAGACAGCCAGGCACCUGAAAAGGCGCCAAGGGCAAGAGACAGCCAGGCACCUGAGAGGGCGCCAAGGGCAAGAGACAGCCGGGCACCUGAGAAGGCGCCAAGGGCAAGAGACAGCCGGGCACCUGAGAAGGCGCCAAGGGCAGGAGACAGCCGGGCACCUGAGAAGGCGCCAAGGGCAAGAGACAGCCGGGCACCUGAGAAGGCGCCAAGGGCAAGAGACAGCCGGGCACCUGAGAAGGCGCCAAGGGCCGCAGACAGCCAGGCACCUGAGAAGGCGCCAAGGGCAAGAGACAGCCGGGCACCUGAGAAGGCGCCAAGGGCCGCAGACAGCCAGGCACCUGAGAAGGCGCCAAGGGCAAGAGACAGCCGGGCACCUGAGAAGGCGCCAAGGGCCGCAGACAGCCAGGCACCUGAGAAGGCGCCAAGGGCCGCAGACAGCCAGGCACCUGAGAAGGCGCCAAGGGCCGCAGACAGCCGGGCACCUGAGAAGGCGCCAAGGGCCGCAGGCAGCCGGGCACCUGAGAAGGCGCCAAGGGCAAGAGACAGCCGGGCACCUGAGAAGGCGCCAAGGGCCGGAGACAGCCGGGCACCUGAGAAGGCGCCAAGGGCAAGAGACAGCCGGGCACCUGAGAAGGCGCCAAGGGCAAGAGACAGCCGGGCACCUGAGAAGGCGCCAAGGGCAAGAGACAGCCGGGCACCUGAGAAGGCGCCAAGGGCAAGAGACAGCCGGGCACCUGAGAAGGCGCCAAGGGCAAGAGACAGCCGGGCACCUGAGAAGGCGCCAAGGGCAAGAGACAGCCGGGCACCUGAGAAGGCGCCAAGGGCCGCAGGCAGCCGGGCACCUGAGAAAAGCGACCAAAGGCUUCCCGGCGCGGUCCGUGUGCACGUGGCGGCCUCCGCGGUGCACACGGUGCACAUGGCUGACGUCCAGCCGCACUCGGGUACGCCAGGCAGUCCGUCAGGCUACAUCUGGCAGCCGCGGCCGCGGACAAUGGGACACUUGGAGUGA